UCCCCCUCCCCUCCCACCUCCUUCGCCGUCCAGGCCCAAUUCUUCAUCGGUGCUGCGGGGUCUUCUCCUUUCUCACUCACUCCCCACACACAUACACACACACACAAAAUGUUGGCCAGGUCGGUCUUGCGAAGCGUGCCCUCCAAGGCAUUCGCACGACAAUCCUUCCGGCAAACGACCACGCGGUCCUCAUCCUCAAAAGCCAGCGCUGCUUCCGAAUCUCCGUUCUACCUGACUCUGACCGCUUCCGCUGCCACCGCGGCCACAAUUGGAGCUGCGGCGUGGUAUUACCAUCUCUAUGGACCCGAACUGCUUGCUAUGACCCCAGCUGAGGAGGGUUUGCAUCCCGCUGCCUACCCUUGGGAACAUACCAAGUUCUACCGGACAUUCGACCAUGCCGCACUCCGACGUGGUUUCCAAGUAUACCGUGAAGUUUGCGCACAGUGCCACUCGCUCACCCGUGUCCCAUGGCGUGCGUUCGUCGGCACCAUUCACACUGUCGACGAGAUGAAGGCCAUGGCUGAGGAGAACGAGUACGAUACCGAGCCAAACGACCAGGGCGAGAUCGAGAAGCGCCCUGGAAAACUAUCCGACUACAUCCCUGCACCCUACAAGAAUGACGAGGCUGCUCGCGCUGCGAACAAUGGUGCCUUGCCCCCGGAUCUCAGCUUGAUCGUCAAGGGCCGACACGGUGGUUGCGACUACAUCUUCAACUUGCUUACUGGAUACCCUGAUGAGCCACCAGCCGGAGCUACUGUCCAAGAGGGAUUGAACUUCAACCCUUACUUCCCUGGAACUGGUAUUGCUAUGGCUCGUGUCCUCUUCGAUGGUGUCGUCGAGUAUGAAGAUGGAACCCCCGCCACGACCUCCCAAAUGGCAAAGGAUGUGACCGAAUUCCUCAACUGGGCCGCCGAACCCGAGAUGGAUGACCGAAAGAAGAUGGGUAUCAAGACUCUCGUGAUUGCUGGAGCUUUGUUCGCCGUCAGCGUCUGGGUCAAGCGAUACAAGUGGGCACCAAUCAAGACAAGACAGAUCGUCUACUCUCCCCCUGUUGGCAAGAAGAGAUAAACACAAUCGAUUAAAAAAGAAGGAAAAAAAAUACCAGACAGCUGUACAUCAGUGGGGAGGAGAAGCGUGAGGGAGUACUGACACCACAGUUAUGUUCUCCGUUUUUCGUAUACUCCUCCUUUUGUUCAAGCAUAUCCACAGGUCCUUUUUGAAGAAAACAUGUUCCUAGCCAGUUUUAGACACCAAAGGAAAACGAGGGAAGCAGGUAUGUGUAUGUGUGAGGGGUUUAGUAGACUGUUGGAUUUUGGAAUCUGUGUAAUUAUAAAGAUCUUUGUUGUCCUCGUUUUCACUCUGAUGUCAUUGAGAUUAUCUUACCCUGUC